AUGACUUUGAAUUCGAUUAAAGUGGAAGAUUCAUCUGGAAAUACAAAUGACGGAACAGAGGCUUCGUCUUCGUCUUCGCAAUCGAACGGUGUACAUAAGGUAUGUUUGCCGCCUCACCGGACGACAUUUCAAAAACUCCGGCAUAGAUUGUCGGAGAUAUUUUUCCCAGAUGAUCCACUUCACAGGUUCAAGAACCAAACGACGUUGAGGAAAUUUGUUUUGGGUUUACAGUUUUUCUUCCCUGUUUUCGAAUGGGGACCUAAGUAUAAUCUUAUGCUUUUAAGAUCUGAUAUUAUUGCCGGCAUUACAAUUGCUAGCCUUGCUAUACCUCAAGGAAUCAGUUAUGCUAAACUUGCUAAUUUGCCACCUAUUAUUGGGUUAUAUUCAAGCUUUGUUCCCCCAUUAAUAUAUUCAAUUUUGGGAAGUUCAAGACAUUUAGCCGUUGGACCAGUAUCCAUAGCCUCACUUGUGAUGGGAACCAUGCUCAGCCAAGCAGUUACAUACAGCAAAGAGCCAGCUUUGUAUCUUCAACUUGCUUUCACAGCAACUCUUAUUGCAGGAUGCUUGCAAGCUGCAAUGGGUUUUUUCAGGUUAGGAUUCAUCAUUGAUUUUCUGUCGAAGGCUACUCUACUAGGGUUCAUGGCUGGUGCAGCAGUGAUUGUCUCUUUGCAACAACUGAAAGGAUUGCUAGGGAUAGUCCACUUUACAAACAAGAUGGAAAUAAUACCUGUUUUGACCUCGGUUUUCGAAAACAGAAAUGAGUGGACUUGGCAAACAGUUGUUAUGGGUGGUUGUUUCCUCAUGUUUCUGCUGACUGCAAGGCAAAUAAGUGCAAGAAAUCCAAAACUUUUCUGGGUUUCCGCAGCAGCUCCAUUAGUAUCAGUUAUUCUCUCAACUGUCAUAGUUUACCUAAUAAAAAAUGAGACACACGCGAUUCCAACUAUUGGACACUUGCCUAAGGGGAUAAAUCCACCAUCAGUGAAUAAGUUACAUUUUGGUGGCCCUUUUAUGGCUCUUGCUCUCAGAGUUGGCAUUAUAACUGGAAUCUUAGCGCUCACAGAAGGGAUUGCAGUAGGAAGGACAUUUGCUGCUAUGGAGAACUACCAAGUUGAUGGUAACAAGGAAAUGAUUGCUAUUGGACUCAUGAACAUAGUUGGCUCCUGUGCUUCCUGCUUUGUCACCACAGGGUCAUUUUCUCGAUCUGCUGUAAGUUACAAUGCUGGAGGAAAAUCUGUUGUUUCAAAUAUAGUAAUGGCAGCAACUGUGCUUAUCACCCUGCUGUUUCUCAUGCCGUUGUUCCAUUACACCCCUAACGUCAUCUUGGCAGCAAUAAUUAUAACAGCAGUGAUCGGGCUAAUUGAUUAUCAAGGUGCAUUCCGUUUAUGGAAAGUUGACAAACUAGACUGCAUCGCGUGCUUGUCUUCCUUUUUUGGUGUUCUUUUCAUCUCAGUGGCUAUUGGCCUACUCAUAGCAGUCGGUAUUUCAGUUUUCAAGAUCCUAUUACAUGUUACAAGGCCAAAUACUAAUGUCCUGGGCUACAUUUCGAGUACUCGUUCAUUUCAAAGCCUAAGCAGAUACACCACUGCUGUUAGGAUUCCUUCUUUCCUUAUCAUAGCUGUUGAGGCUCCUUUCUACUUUGCAAAUUCUACCUACCUACAUGAAAGGACAUUGAGAUGGAUUCGAGAAGAGGAAGACAGGAUCAAAGCCAACCAAGAACCACCAAUCAAAUGUGUAAUUCUUGACAUGACAGCUGUGACAGCUAUAGAUACUAGUGGCAUUGAUACAAUAUGUGAACUUAGAAGAAUACUUGAGAAAAGAUCACUUAAGCUUGUGCUGGCAAAUCCAGUUGGAAACGUUAUGGAAAAGCUGUUUAACUCGAAUGCUCUUGAGGCUUUUGGGUUAGACGGAUUAUAUCUAACAGUUUCUGAAGCUGUGGACGAUAUUUCGUCUUCUUGGAAACCUGAAAAGGGGCCAGCUCAACCACUAACUAUAUGAGAUUUGUACUAUGGAUGGAGAGAAGAAGAAGGAUUAAUAAACUGAAGUUUUGGGAGGAAUUGAUUUGUGUUCUAAGCUCUUCUAAGAAGAGAAUUUUGAUGUAUAUUAUCUUUAUCUAGGAUGAGAGAAAGCAUAUCCAUGAAUGCAACCCUUGUUUGUAUAUAAUAAUUUAGG